AUGGUCGGCGGCGCGCCCCCGAGGCCGGCGGAGACCGGCUGCAGCCGGUAUAGGAUAAGAGAUAGGCAGAGAGAAGCGGGGCCGGGGCGCGGGCGGCGGCACGCACGGCCCGGGAGGAGGCGACAGGGUUGGGGGGCGGGGGGAGGGUGUGGCUCGGGUGGCCGAGGCUGGCGUGGGUUGGGGGCCAGGGUACUCCAGGCUCCGAGGCCGGAACCAACUUGAUAGAGACUCUGGCCCACGCCCUAAAGGGUUAAACCUUUUUUCUCAUGUUACGGAGCGGUUUAUAAGAAGGCUCCGGAGGCCCAGCCUCCGCCUUAUUGGGAGCCUUUGGGGUUUAUUCUCUUCCCUUCUAACUUGAUCAAGAAUGACCCAGAAGAACUCGAAGCUUUGCUGCAGAGCCAAUGUGUAUACCCAAGUGCCUGACGGAGGAUGGGGCUGGGCAGUAGCUGUGUCUUUUUUCUUCGUUGAAGUCUUUACCUAUGGCAUCAUUAAGUCAUUUGGUGUCUUCUUUAAUGACUUAAUGGACAGUUUUGAUGAAUCCAACAGCAGGAUUUCAUGGAUAAUAUCGAUAUGUGUGUUUGUGUUAACAUUUACAGCUCCCCUCUCCACAGUCCUGAGCAACCGCUUUGGACAUCGGCUGGUGGUGAUGGCAGGGGGUUUGCUCAUCAGCAUGGGAAUGAUCGCUGCCUCCUUCUCCCAAAGGGUCUACCACAUGUACAUCUCCAUAGGGGUCAUCUCGGGUUUGGGAUACUGCUUUAGUUUCCUCCCAACUGUGACCAUUCUGUCACAGUACUUUGACAAAAGGCGUUCGGUAGUCACUGCGGUUGCUUCUACGGGAGAGUGCUUCGCAGUGUUUGCUUUCGCACCAGCCAUCACGGCUCUGAAGGAGCAUAUUGGCUGGAGAUACAGCCUCCUCUUCGUGGGCCUUCUGCAGCUAAACAUCACGGUCUGUGGCGCCUUGCUAAGACCGAUUAUUAUCAAAGGGCCAGUGUCGCCGAAAGCAGUCACUCUGGAGCCCCGCAGAGAAGUUCAGUAUAUGCUUGAAAACGAGAAAACGCGGACCUCAAUAGACUCCAUCGACUCAGGAGUAGAACUAACUACCUCACCGAAAAAUGUGCCUAACGAAGCUAAGACGGAGCAGGAAGCCAGAGCCGAGCAACAGCAGACGCUGGUGGCUGGCCCCAAGCACAGCCGGAAGAAGGCUCCGCUGCUGGACUUCUCCGUCUUGAAAGAGAAGAGCUUCAUCUGUUACGCGUUGUUCGGCCUCUUCGCCACCCUGGGGUUCUUUGCACCUUCACUGUACAUCAUCCCUUUGGGUAUCAGUCUAGGCAUUGACCCUGACCGAGCCGCAUUCUUACUGUCUACAAUGGCCAUUGCGGAAGUGUUCGGAAGGAUCGGGGCAGGGUUUGUCCUCAACAGGGAGCCCAUUCGCAAGAUCUACAUCGAACUCAUAUGCGUCAUUUUACUGACGGUGUCUCUGUUCGCCUUCACUUUCGCUACGGAGUUCUGGGGACUCAUGUUGUGUAGUGUGUUUUUUGGCAGUAUGGUUGGGACCAUAGGAGGGACCCACAUCCCGAUGCUGGCCGAGGAUGACGUCGUUGGGAUCGAGAAGAUGUCGUCUGCAGCUGGAGUCUAUGUCUUCAUUCAGAGCAUUUCGGGGCUCGCGGGACCACCCCUGGCAGGCCUGCUGGUUGACCAGAGCAAGAUAUACAGCAGGGCCUUCUACUCGUGCGCAGCAGGCAUGUCACUGGCUGCUGUGUGCCUCGCCCUGGUAAGACCCUGUAAAAAGGGCCUGUGCCAGCAUCCUCAUUCAGGUGACAACCAGACAGACAGGCAUCGUGGGAAGGCAUUACAGGACAUACCGGAGGACUUUCUGGAAAUGGAUCUUGGGAAAUGCGAGCACAGGGUUCACAUGAAAAUGGAUCCUGUGUGACACAUUUUCAUGUCGUAGCUUCUAUGUCGCCUGGGAAUGGAGCCCCUGGGGAUACAGGGAGGGGGAGCCACCAACCACUAGACCCCACCUUCAAAACUGCAUGAAGGCACUGCCUGUCAGACAGCAGGACCAGCAGCUGUCUCCUCCCCGCCAGUCCCUCUUGCUUGUUCUUUAAGCCAAAACCAAAACAACCAAACACUUUCCAAACGGGAAUCCAGCCUUGUUCUGUAGCAAUACAAACCUAAGCGGAAGGACCUGGUUGACAUUCCAACACGAAAGCAAUGCCAGGAACUGACAGACUGCUGUUAAAGCACUCACUCCUGUGACAAACUACUAUUUUAUAAGGUGACACCCAGCCCAAGUCACAGAAAUGAAUUGGCCAUUCCAAAAUGACAAAAAGAAAAAAAAAACACAAUCUUGAACCAUUAAAGACAUUGCUAAUUUUAAGAAAUACAAUUAUUUUUAAACGAUUCGAAAAAAAAAAAACUACUAAAGUUUACAUUGACGAAUUGUGGUCUCUGGGUUUUCUGAAUACCGCAUGAAAAGAAAGCAAUGCUUUCAAGCCGAGCAUUUGAUUCAUAUGCAAAAAAAAAUUAAACACGUAUAACAACUUGAACUUCAUAAACAUGAAGAUUAUUGCUAUUUUUCAUGGCCAGUCAUCAUCACCACAAGUAUUUCAGUUAAUGUUAAAUGUUAAAUUGCUUCCAUGUUUCCUAUUUUUCAUAAUGUAAGAAAUAAAUAACUGUUGUGUCUUUAAUUUAAACCACUAUUUAUUAUUAAGUUAUUCUAGGAUGAUUAAAACAAUCAAAACAAAGGGCCAGCGAGAUGGCUCGGUAGGUAAAGGUGCUUGCCACCAAGUCUGAUGACCUGGGUUCAAUUCCUAGAACCCACACGAUAGGAGAGAACUUCUGUGAGUUGUCCUCUGACCUCCACACACAUGCUAUGACAUGCAUGCACCCACACACAGAUACACACACAAAAACUAUUUAAAUGUAAAAAAAAUCUAAUAAUGAAAAUAAAUAAAAGGUGAUUGGAGAUAUACACAACAUAUUUUUACCUCUGUUCUGUAGUUCUAUAAAUGCUUCGGAGAGCUUUUCUGGUCUCAUAAUGUCAGUUCUCCACAGCCCAAGUUGUAGCAAUUCUUCUGGUGUUGUUAAAGGCAACAUUGUGCUAUUUAAAUGGGGGUGGGGAAUAAGAGACGGCAAAUCGCCUCAGCGUCUACACUAUCAGCUAAGAAUACUUGAGGAUCUUCUUCGAUCAGAAUUAUAUUUCAUUGAAUUGUUGGAACAUUUCCAGUGGUUUUGUUGUUGUUGUUGUUGUUGUUAUUCAAUCUGUGACUCUGUUGUUGAAGCAUUUCUUCAUUUCGUCUGAAAUGGGAGAAACGCAGACAUCACCAUCACUGAGUUACAAGUUGCAAUUUACAUCUUCUGUAGAACUUGAUUGCCCUAAGUUGCCAUGGGUACCAGGUACCUGGUCACUGCUGUUGGAGAGUUACACUACACUUGUGUAUAGUGUUCUGCAUUCUAGCAGAUCUCUGUAAAGGGGGCAGUGUAAGGAUGGGGAGAGGGGGUGCUUCCUCACCUGUUUGAAGGCAUCUCACAGACAGGGUGACCGAUGCUUUGCUGCUCUGCCCUUCCUCAUCUUUACUGUUAAGGACCACUCAGGGGGAAACGUAGAACAAGCCUAGUCUGGUUACAAGUACACACAAGCUUGAAUCUUUUCUCUGCACUGAGAUGGAGGGGGUGUGGCUUGUCACCACCUGCCACAUUUAAUACAGCAUCUUAUCAGCCAUAGAAAUAGGACAAUCUGUAAAACUUUGGGGAGGGUGAGUGACUGGAAGACGUUGUCUGUCCAGAAAAGCAGAAACACCUGAAACCGGAUGGAUGUAGCCAAGCUCUGUGGGGCUGUCCCCGAGAAAUACUUCAGGCUCGUGGGCAGGUUUGCAGAUGUAUGUGACUUCAGCACUUUACAAGUUAUUUUGUACUACGAAUGUUCAAGACGAUUUAAUAUUUAUAACUGAUUUCUGAGGGAUCUACUCUUAAGUUCAAUCUGUAUACUGCAUGAGACAAGAAAAUGUAUACCCAUUUCAGUAUGUCAACAAUCAGGGGUGCAAAUGUUGAGAAGCAAAAAAAAAAAAAACCCACCACAGGAUCACUGAUCUGUUCUGUAUGAGUGACAUUCUGGUACUUAAUGGAUUUACAAUAAAUUUAUGGCUUUUUAUUUAAA